AUGUUUAGUUUGAUUUACUUAAUGGUGAAUAGACCAUGUUGGUUCAUGGUGGAUGAAAAUGACAUGACUACAUCUUGGUCAAAAAUGGAAGUGAGGAAAGAGUACAUUGCUUUAUCUAAGCUGAGGAAACUAAGCAAAUUAGCUUGUAAAAAUUGGACUCAAUUGCCGUUAAUACAGAUGGAUUUCAUUGUUGGUUUUCAGUUUUAUCUCGACAGCGUUACAUUAAAAGGAGAAGCUGCAGUUUUUGGUCAGUGGCUAUUUGAUGAAGUGAUAAAUCAACUGGGCGGUCUUCUGGAAAGUGAUUACUUUGGACUCCGGUACUUAGACAAGAAUAAGCAGAGGGUUGACCCCUCAUUUCUCUUAUAUGAUCAUCUAAAUGCAAGAUUCAAAUAUUUUCCCGAAAAUUUUGCCAAAAUUAUGGGAAAAGUCCAUCAAUUGAAUUGGAAAUUCAUUUUACUUUGCUUAGUUAUCAUGGGUUUUGCUGCAAGUCAUCGUGACAAUCUUCUAUGUCUCGAAAGCAAUUAUUAUAACCCGGUAACUGUAGUUUUGCUACUGCCUUUGUCGAAUGCUUCAUCUCCUGAAAAGAAUGCGAACAUUGAUCAUAAUUCACUUUUGGAAGUUCAUUUAGCUGUAGUUUUAGUGUUCGUUACUCGACUUCAUAUUGAAAAAAAAUCAUCGACAUGA